AUGGCUGAACUACGAGAUCUGAAGAAGCAGGAGCGGAACCUUCGAAAGACAUUCGAUGCUAUUCAACACUUUCUGGAUACCUUCGACGCAGAAAGACACGUCAGUCAACUUGAUAUUCGUCUUCAGAGACUAGAUAUUGCGUUUAGUGAGUUCCACGUGGUCCGUAGGAAAAUCGAGCUGCUAACGGAUAAUGUUUCAUACUUGUCUGAAGCAGAUACGAAGGAGUCGGAUGAAGAGCGUGCAGAGCGACUAGAAACGUUGGCAGAAGCUAGAGAAGAUGAGAAUGUGCGUAUAAUGUUGGAUAUUGAGGAUCAGUAUUGUCAUUUGAAGAGUGAACUCGUACAUUGGAAGGCGGAUAUGUUCGGUAGUGCAACAGCUGGUCACUGUUCGACCUCGCAAGAUACGGCUGUUGGGUUUUCCAGAGUGAAGCUUCCAGAUAUUCGUUUGCCGACAUUCAGUGGCAAAAUUAAAGAAUGGGUCACUUUUCGCGACACGUUCAGGAGUUUGAUUCACGAAAAUCAUCAACAAACGACCAUGGAUAGAUUCACUUAUCUGAAGUCGUCACUCGCUGGAGAAGCCCUGCAGGAGAUAAGCGCGGUGGAAAUGUCAUCCGUUAAUUAUGAUGUGGCCUGGUGUAUGCUGGAAAAACGGUAUGAAAACACGAAGCUUAUCGUCAAAGCGCAUUUGGACUCUUUGUUUUCGGUGGAGGCUAUGAAAAGGGAAAACUACGAAACGCUGAACAAACUCAUCGGAGAUUUUGAAAAGUAUCUUUUAAUGUUGGACAAGAUGGGAGAAAACACAAGCAAUUGGAGCACCAUUCUAGUUCAUAUGAUCUGUUCACGCCUAGAUGCUUCUACACUACGCCACUGGGAAACGUAUCACAAUUCCAAGGAUGUGCCCAGUUAUGAAAAAUUGAUACAAUUUCUGCGAAAUCACUGUUCCGUUCUUCAAUCCAUUACUCCAGUACAAACAUCUUCGGUUAUAGAAGAGAGAACAAGAGUAGGCGUUAGUCAUUCCGUUGUUCAAUCCUAUGGCAAGUGUCAAUUCUGCGGUGAAGCCUUCCAUUCCGCCUUUCGCUGCACCAAGUUCUUAAGGAUGGAAGUCGCGGAGCGCAACGAAGCAGUUCGGAGAUUAAAACUGUGCCUAAACUGUCUAUCAUUAGGACAUCUGCUCGUGUCUGCAAUAGAGUCGUCUGUCCUGCAAUCACAAUCCUCCGUUCCACAAGCGCUGAACACACACGUAGUAGCCAAUCAGCAGCAACCACAGACACCACCUCCAACCCAAAGCCAACCAACCCACAGCAAUACAGCUCAAACAUUCACAAACUCUCUCCCUGUUACACAAUCGCAAAACAUGCACACUCAACCACUGCCCACCACAAAAAAUCUUGCUGUACAAGGGAUUGGUGGUGCCACCGCCAUUUCGCGGAAAUUGGUCCACGCUACCAUCCAUCCGCGAUUAUCGAAAAUAUCAUCGUUCAUUGGAGCCAUGAACUUUUACGUUCUUUCGGAGCUUACGACAACCCUGCCGACUCAAAAAAUCAACGUAUCUCAGUGGACUCUCCCAGCGGAUCUAAUUCUUGCAGACCCCCAGUUUUUUGAACCAGGACAGAUCGACAUGAUCAUCGGAGCCGAGCAUUUCUUCGAGUUGCUUUCGGAAGGUCGGUCGAACAUUUCAAUCGAUGGACCCAUACUUCAAAAUACAGUGUUCGGUUGGAUUAUUGCGGGACGAGUUUCACAUCAGUCGAGAAAUUUUCAACCAGUAGUGUCAUUAUCGUGUACAACGAUUGAUAUUCAUAAGUUGCUGACAAGAUUCUGGGAACUAGACACGUGUCGAACAAACAGCACACAGUCAGUUGAGGAGACAGCGUGUGAGAGACUGUUCGAUCAGACUACUGCUCGCGACGACAGCGGAAAAUUCGUCGUGUCCUUGCCGAAGCGACAAUUCAUCGUUCAGCAGAUUGGUGAUUCGAAAACGAUUGCCAUGCGUCGAUUCGCUGGAUUAGAGAAGCGGUUCCAGUCGAAUCCUGAUUUGAUGUUAAGUUACGCUGAAUUUAUCCGCGAGUAUCAACGACUAGGUCACAUGAAGGAGGUUACGAGCGAAACCGACAAAUAUCCCGUGUUCUAUCUCCCCCAUCAUGCAGUAUUGAAGCCUGACAGCACAACGACUAAACUCCGAGUAGUGUUUGAUGGCUCUUGCAAGUCUUCAUCUGGAGUUUCGUUAAACGAUGCUUUAAUGGUCGGUCCUGUAGUUCAGGAAGAUCUGCUUUCAAUUAUUAUUCGCUUUCGGCUUCAUCCAAUCGCUGUCGUUGCCGAUGUCGAAAAAAUGUACCGAAUGGUGAUGGUACAACCGGCUGAUCAACGUCUUCAACGUAUUCUAUGGAGGGAUUCAGUUAGCGAACCAGUCCGUAUGUUUCAGUUGACGACCGUCACAUAUGGUACAGCAUCCGCUCCUUAUUUGGCAACCAAGUGCUUGCAGCGGUUGGCUGAAGAUGGAGUGGAAUCGUUUCCACGUGCGGCUCGUGCGCUGAAAGAAGAUUUCUAUAUCGACGAUAUGCUAUCGGGAGCAGACAACAUCGAAGACGGCAAGGAAUUGACAAGGGAGAUGAUUGAGCUAACGAAUUCCGGUGGUUUCACAUUGAGGAAGUUUUGGAGUAAUGCCGCCGUGAUCACUAAACGAACGGUUCUUGCUGAUGCAGCUCGUUUGUUUGACCCACUUGGUUUGGUUGGACCAGUGGUUGUCAUAGCAAAAAUCUUUCUCCAAGAACUGUGGAAACAUCAAUGCGAUUGGGAUGACUCACUACCGGAAGAAAUGCAGUCCUUCUGGCAGGAAUAUAGGAGGAACCUCAUUGCCUUGUCAUCGCUGUCGGUUCCUCGGUGGGUGGCGUUUCGGGCAAAUUUGUUGUCGGUCGAGGUACAUGGCUUCUGCGACGCAUCCGAGAAGGCCUACGGUGCCUGUUUAUACGUGCGCUGUACGACUCAAGAUGGCAAAGUGGAGGUUAGGUUGUUAGCAGCGAAGUCCAGAGUCGCACCACUAGAAGAUUUGAAACGAAAGAAGAAGAAACAGACUAUUCCUCGUCUCGAGUUAUCUUCCGCUCUGCUGCUUAGUCAUCUGUAUGAUAAAGUUCGUGACAGCAUCAAAAUUCAACAUACUGCGUACUUCUGGACCGAUUCAACGAUUGUGAUGUACUGGUUAGCGUCACUACCAUCCAGGUGGCAGAUGUUUGUGGCGAAUCGUGUGUCGGAGAUCCAGCACCUUACUAAGGGUAGUUCAUGGAAUCAUGUGGCAGGAGUUGAAAACCCUGCCGACAUUAUUUCGCGCGGAAUGACCCCGGCACAGCUGCAGUAUCAGAGAGUUUGGUUUGAUGGACCGUUGUGGAUGCUCCAAGAUCGCAGCACUUGGAAGGUAGAGACGCCAAAUGAAGAGAUUGACCAUUCAUUGUUGGAGGAGAAGUCGGUUGCACUGCCGGCGACGACAAAUCAACCUAGUGAUAUCUUUGCAUUACGAUCAUCGCUUUCCGACCUCAUUCGUCGUUUCAUCCACAACAUCCAACAACAACGCGCAAACGGAAGCAGAAAAAUUGGAAGCCUUAGUCAUGAUGAACACGAACAGUCUAUGUUGGCUCUAGUUCGUCUCUCGCAGAAGGAAUCGUUUUCUGCCGAAAUUACCGCACUACAGAAAGGAAAACCAGUAUCAUCAUCUUCAGAAAUAAUCCAGAUCCAUCCCACUCUGGUUGAAGGUUUCUUGCGAGUUGGUGGCCGUCUGCGCCAUGCACCAGUAUCGACAUCCCGAAAACAUCCAUUCGUCCUCAGUCACCACCACCCACUCAGCUCACAGCUCUUGAUUGCUAGUGUCCGCGAAAGAUAUUGGCUUACCCGCAUCAGACGUUUAACUAACACAGUUAUUCACGAAUGCGUGUCGUGUUUCCGCAGCAGACCGCGGGUAUUAGACCAGCUGAUGGCUGAUUUACCUUCUGAGCGAGUUACUCCUGCACCACCAUUUCUAAAAGUAGGUGUCGAUUAUUGCGGACCGUUUCAGGUAGUUUACCCCAUCCGACGAACUGCUCCAAGAAAAUAUUUUGUCUCGAUUUUCGUAUGUCUGGUAACAAAGGCUGUUCACCUAGAGCUUGUCGGAGACCUGACAAGUGCAGCCUUCCUCGCUGCUUUCAAGCGGUUCGUAGCUCGAAGAGGGAUACCUGCGUUGGUGAUGUGUGAUAAUGCUCUCAACUUCGCCGGCGCCAAACGUGAACUUGACGAGUUGUCUCAACUCUUUAACAACGAGCAAUUUCAGCAAACAAUAACACGAGGAGCCCAGCACGACGGAAUAGAGUUCCGAUUCAUCCCUCCAAGAUCGCCAAACUUUGGCGGUCUUUGGGAAGCGGCAGUGAAAUCCUUCAAGGGGCAUUUCAAGCGCACAAUCGGUAAUCGAAUUCUUCAGCACGACGAGAUGCAGACCGUAGUGGCACAGAUCGAGGCAAUCCUUAACUCUCGGCCACUAACUCCAAUCAGUAACGACACAUCAGAUUUCGAAGCUCUGACUCCCGGUCACUUCUUGAUCCAACGACCGUUAACGGCAGUUCCCGAACCGAGCCUGGAGGAUAUCCCGGACAACAGAUUAACUAUUUGGCAGAGGUCGCAAGAUGUCGUUCAACGGAUUUGGAAAAAAUGGUCCACGCAAUACCUGUCCGAUCUUCACAAUCGAACGAAAUGGACUCGCCAACGGAACAACAUUUUUGUAGGCACAAUGGUUCUAAUAAAGGAUGACAAUCUACCACCGCUCAAAUGGCGAUUGGGUCGGGUUACAAACGUCAUCGCCGGCCCCGAUGGCAACGUACGCGUGGUGGCAAUUCGUACAAAGGACGGCGUAUAUGAGAGAGGAAGUACCCUUAGCUGGAAGCCCGAAGAGAAUCGAAAGAGUUCGAACAAAGUAGUAGUUCCAACAGCCGAAGCAGUUGAUUCAGCAGCAGUAGAAGUGGUAGGAUCAGCGAAGUCGCUCGGGUCUUGCAUUAUCGACGCCGGCUGCAUAGCAGUUGACGGAGUCGAGUGCAAGUUUCCCGUCCUCGACGCCGAUGGUCCACCACAGCAGCAUCGAGCAGCACGUAGCAGAGAAACCAGUGAAGUUGAGUGGCUGGAUAGGAUCUCGAUUGAAAUCGGAGAGAUUUCAAAGGGGCCGGUAUGUUGGAAACCGGUACGUUUACCCCACAGCACGAUCCCACAGUACAAUUACUCCCUUAUCUCAGUGGAGAUCACCCACCCGUCGAUCACAGUGAGCACAGCCUUUUACCCACCGCUCAACUUGUUCUCGCUCUCAUCGCACUGCAUGAUCAACGACUUUAUCAUCGGCACCAGUUAUAAAUAA